AUGCCUAACGAAAGUGCUGUGAGCUUCGACUCGGAGCCCGAGAUCCAGCGGCACGUGGCGUCGCACGUGCUGGCGGAGGGCGCGUCGCUGGAGUGCCGGCUGUGCCGGCGCGUGCUGGCGUCGCCGCUCAAGCUGCAGGCGCACCUCAUCGAGCACACGUUCGCCGGGUGCGGCGCCUUCACGUGCUACCUGUGCUCGGCCGUGUUCACGGCGGCGGCCGGACUGCAGUCGCACAUGCUGCAGCACGGGCUGCACGCGCGGCCCUACGACUGCUCGCGCUGCGCGCUGCGCUUCUUCUUCCGCGCCGAGCUGGAGCACCACAGCUACUCGCACCUGGAGCGCGACGCGCAGCAGGCCGCAGCCGCGGCCGCCGCCGCCGCCGACCUCGCCGGCAAGCUCGUCUCCUCCGUUGCCAUCCCCAUCACGUGUCGUAACCCCAAAUGUGCUGCAGCUGAGGAGCGGCCUUUCUUGUCACCUAUUUCGGCGAGAUCCAGUGUGUUGAUUGUGUGGUUAUGUUUGAAUGAUAUAAAGUUGGUUUACGAUUCUUCUCGCACCUCAAGGUGGGCAUACUACGCAGCAACAGCAGCAGCAGCAAACAGCAGCAGGAACCAAAAAAAAAAAAAAAAAAAAACCAACAGCAACACUCGACGAACGGGCGGUACGACUCUGGACGGGCUGGUACUUGAAGACGGAGGAGCCCCGUCGCCGCCGGGCGGCCCAGGGGAAGGCGCGGGGCGGGCCGGGCGGGAAGACUCGCGGGCGGGGCGGCUGAGCUGCACGGAGUGCGGGAAGCUGUGCGCUCACCCGCGGGCGCUGCCGCCCACGCAGCAAGCGCCACACGCGCCCGGGCCCUGCCCGCCGCCCCCGCCCCCGGCGCGCGCGCGUCAAGGAGGAGCCCGCGUCUUCGGACGAGGCGGGCGACGCCGAAAGGGGGCGACCGCCGACCAGCCGCCCCGCCCCCGCCGGCCCCGCCCUCCCGACGCAGCCAGAUGGAGCGCCCGACGCAGACGCGGAGCGCCCCCGGCCUCGGCCCCGCCCCCGCGCCGCCCUCCGACUCGUCGGCCUCGGGCGCCUCCUCGGCCGCGUCCUCGCCGCCCCCCCGUGCGGGCGCGCAACGAGUCUUCAGGGGGCUUCAUCGCAGCCGCACCCGCCGCCUCGCCCGCGCCCCGCCAGCCCCCUCUCGCCCCCGUCCCAGCUCCCACCCCCCACACGACCCGACAGGUUAAAGAAGAUGACGAGGUAGAAGGCAGGCGUGAUGAUAUGCCUGGGCAAAGGACGCAUUUCAUGCUUGCCCUGUCUACUCCUGCGUGGCGGAUGCCUUGUGAAAGGUAUCCCUUCCAGAUGGGAUUUGCAACGAUGAAAGAUAUGGCCAACCGAUAA